GUGCGUAUCUCCCGCAAUGAGUUGGCUUUUGGCGUUCUUCAUAGCUGUGUUCUCCCCGGCUCGUGCGGCUUUGCAAAGGUAACCGAUCUGCAUGUCCUGCUGUCGUCAUCAUUGGCUGCCUUUUGUUUCAGAAGGGCUUGGUCAGCCAAGGCUGAGAUCUUGCAAAGCGUUGGCAUCUCGGAGCGAGGCACCGGUCAGAUCUCGAGAGAUCGAACCACCAUUCCAUGCCGUGAGUGAUGUUUGUGCACCACUGCCAGGAUGCAUUGAGAAGAAGACCGAUUGGACGGCAUGUGAGGACAUUUGAUGCUUUGCCAGCCAUCCCAUCGAGUGUGUUGACCACGGCAUUCCGGCCGCCGUGCGCUACCUCAACGUCAACCAUCGAUGUAUGGCAAGAAAAGCGCCUCAUUCAGAUGGGCCAGCUCUACUCGUGUUUUGGUGUGUCUGGAUCUCUAAGGCAGCAAGGCCCAGUUUCUCUAUGAAUGCUGUGCCCUGCCCGGGCAGCAAACACUGGAGGCCCACGUGUCAGCGUCUGCCAGCAUUGGUCGGCCGAAGGCAUCAUAUCCAUUCUGCAUUUCGGACUGUCUGUCUGCUGUGUGUCAGGUUCUGGUGAGGUGUCGUAUCUGUCGUCGAUGGGCUUGUCCUGCCCCAACAAGGGUCUUAUCACGUCGCUGUCAUUCGAGCGUGCCGGGGGAGCGGCCAGCGACAGCACCUACCAGUAUUCUUACAAGUGUACCGCAAAUGAGGGACUGUCAGCCGAAACACUGGACGCGCUUCAAUGCCGUGAGCUGUCCACACCACCGUCUGAUUCCAACCUCACCAAGGCCAUGCAGCAGGAGAUCAAAGAGGAAGGUGAGACGUCAAGUCGUGGUGACGCCAGGAGCGUGCGAGGUUGUUUCCAUUGUGUUCCAUUUCCUUAUCUUCAGUGCUCCCAUUGGAGGUCGGCAGCGUCGAGAACGACAACACAGAGUGGGUGUCGGUCAAGACAGGCUCAUUCAGCAAGCCGGUACGACUGCCUUCGGGAUGAUGGGCUGGUCCAGCCAAAACAAUGGACAUUUUGUGUUGUGCCAGGUUGUGAUCGGGGGCGUGCCUGAUAUGCGAGGCUCAGACGAGGCCAUUGUCCGCAUCCGCAACGUGCAGCCAGGCUCCUUCGAGCUCAGACUGGACGAGCCGGUGCCGUGCCGCGACCAAUGGCACGUGAGGACACCCAUCGACUGGCUGGUCGUUGAAGCUGGCGUGCAUACUCUCGACACCACGCUGCCUUGUGGCGUCAAGAUGGCGGCCGGGACCGUGUCUGUUGCUGGCAACAAGAAGUUCGUGGAGGUGCCCUUUCCUCCGGAUGCACAGUUUAUGGAAGUCCCCAUCCUGCUCGUGCAGGUAAGGAGCGAUGCGUGUGCACGUGCCGGUCUGGUAUCGGUGGCUGCUUGGUCAUGGGUGCAGGUGCAGACAUAUAGCACCGGGCGAGUGUUUGUCAAGCAGCGCGUGAAGGACCUCAGCCCGACUGCAUUCAAAAUCGCCCUGGAGACACAGGGUUCGGACCUCAAGGACCCCAAGAAUCCUGCCAAUUUUGGAGAGGAAGGUAGCCAACUGACAAACCGUCGUUGCCCCAUCUGUCGACUUACUGGUUUGUCCUCCUUUGUUCAGUGGUUGGUUGGGUGGCGUUUUCCCAUCCGCACAACAGCGAAUUGGACAGCAAGCCGGUGGGGGCCACAAUGAACGGAGGCAUCACGGUAGGACACGAUACGAGCGGUCUCGGCUGGAGCAGCACACCAUCCCUGUUGUGCAGCCUGCCGCUUUGACUGAAAAGCCAUACACCAUCGACUUUGGAUCCAGUAUCCCCGGGGCGCACUUCUUCGCAUCAAUCGUCACUUACAACGGACACCAUGCCGCACGUACACAUACACACCACUAAUGAGCUGAUCAGGGAGAUGCGGGGCCGCAAAAGGUCGUCUGGCGAUCUUCUGUUCUAUGCAGAGUUGCGCGUGGAUGAGCGAGGCGAUGAUGGUGCCCAGAUAUUUAUACAAGAGGAGACAUGCACACCGCUGUAAGACAAUAGAAGCAGCAACAAAGCGUUGUACCUGAUUGUGUGUCCCUUUCCCCCCUCCCCAUUGCAGAGACAUGGUUCAUCCGAAAAAAGAGAAGGUCGCAUGGAUCGUCAUCGGGCCACUCGUGUCAAACUCCCCCUCCGGUACUUGACAAAAACAAAAGAACAGACAGCCAGAUGCACACACUGGUGCCACACACGAGUCUCUUCUCUUGUCACGUCUUGCAGAUGAGGUUGGGGGGUGGUGGGGAGCACUCGCCAACCAUCAUCUGCUGUGUGAAAACGACGAAGGCCUGUCAGGCUUCCAGCUGCAGACGACUGGUCAGGGAGCGGAGAAGAUCUUCUACAAGUAUACCUGUUGCCAACACCUAGCAGCAUGACAGAUUGGUUGAUCGCACGAUUGGGAGGGCGAGCAUAGUCCCUCAGAU